AUGACUAUCAAUAGUCUCUGGUUCAAAUGGAAGGGCCUGCGUUUACCGUGGCGAAAAUCCUUCUUGGUCGGCCAAGAUCUCGCUGGAAAUACAUAUUGGGAGUUCAGGGAUUCGUUGAACAGUGGGAGGUUCAGGCGUAUUGUGAAGUACAACCCAAAGACGCACUAUGGAGACGUUAAGGUCAACCCACAAUGGCAUCAAUGGCUCCGUUACGUCCGCCCCGAGCCUCCUACGAUCGAAGAGCAGCAGCAAGACCUCAUCCGGCAACAGCAGCUCAAGAGACUGGCCCAACUAGCUGACGAACGUUGGGCCAGCAAGCCUUCCUACCUCGACAGACCACAGACUCAACAACCUGCGCCGGCCCUGCGGACAAGUGAUGCAACAAUGUCGGACCAGGGUCGUCCAGCUCCUAGUCCAGAGCAAGUCGGUGUCAGGAACGCCGUUGAGGACCAGGCUACACUCCAACAACAACAACAACAGAGCGGCACAGAGAAAGCUGCCAAGAAUCCCUGGGCCAAACAGACUGGCGUACCAGGGGCGGAUUUUGAGCCAGAAGCUUGGACACCAAAGGCCUCUCAGAGAUAG